GAUCUCGUACCGAAACGCCACCCAGCUCAACUCUCUCUCCGUCCAACAGCAUGUUCUCCGUCGCCCUCCGCGGCGUACGGCGGACGCGAGAUCUCCGGCCAACGACCAAUCAUGCCCCGGCUAUUCGAGCCGGUUUAUCCGCAGCCGGGGCACCAGCCGAACAUGUUGUGGUAUGUCUUCCCAGCGCCCAUGACAUGCUGGAUCUGGGCACUGACUUUGACGUUGUACACGCUACCAUGUCGUACUCGCUCGAAGACAUCAAGGCGCACAAGACGCGCAAGAGCCUCUGGCUGACGCUCCACAAGAAGGUGUACGACGUGACACAGUUCAUUGACGAGCAUCCCGGCGGCGACGAGGUGCUUCUCGAAGAGGCGGGGCGGGACGCGACCGAGGCAUUCGAGGACGUCGGGCACUCGGACGAGGCGCGCGAUCUCCUCAAGGGCCUGCAGAUCGGGACGCUGAGCCAGGCGGAUGAGGGCGCGCUCAAGACGGCGCCGGGCGUCAACACCACCGUGAACAAGGGCCCGGGGGGGGCGAGCCAGCUCCCACUCUUCGUCGUGCUCGCCCUCAUCGUUGCGUUCGUCGCGUGGAAGGCCGGAUACCUCGGCUAGACGUGCGUUGUGUUGUUCCAACUUGCAUGUAGAGCCGCCCAUUUCUUUUCUGCAGCAACAUCAAGCAACAUGAGAUACAUCGGCUCUGCGGUAGGCCCAGACCGCGCAAGUGCAUGCAAACGGGAGUGUGAUGUGCGGAAAGGGAAUGAGAACGGGACUGGGAGUGAGAAUGAGAUCGUGCGAGUGCGAGUGCGAAUGCGAGAGUCAAGCCUGGUGUACAAACCCCAAGAGGAACGAAUGAAGAGGCCCGGGUAUCGUGAG